AUGGAAAAUUAUGACUUACUCAGUCAAAUUGGUGAAGGCUCAUUCGGGCAAGUAUUCAAGGCGAAAAAACGAGCUAAUGAUGAAAUAGUUGCUGUCAAAAGAAUACGAAAGCGAGGACGUUCUUGUAAAGAACUGAAAAGUCUGCGUCAAGAAUGUGAGAUCCAGAGGUACUUGAGUCACCCGAAUAUUGUCCGGAUGAUAGACUCUUUUGAAACUGUUGAUGAAAUAGUUGUAGUAACAGAGUACGCUGACAAAGAACUUUAUGAAAUCUUGGGUAAAACGGGAAGGUUUACUGAAGAUCGCGCUCAAAAGGUUAUCUGCGAUCUCGUGUCGGCGCUUUAUUAUUUGCACUCUAAUCGAGUGUUACAUAGAGAUCUGAAACCUCAGAAUGUCCUUCUGGAAGCAAAUGGCACAGCGAAACUAUGUGACUUUGGCUUCGCUCGGAUAAUGAGCACAAGAACUCACGUUCUGACAUCAAUAAAAGGAACUCCUCUUUACAUGGCGCCAGAAUUGAUAGAAGAGUACCCUUAUGACCACAAUGCUGAUCUGUGGUCUCUUGGUUGCAUCGCUUAUGAGAUGAUUGUUGGUACUCCUCCGUUUCAGACAACUUCAAUCCUUCAUUUGGUUGGACUGAUUCGCUUUGAAUCUAUAAAAUGGCCGGAAUUUAUUUCUGCUAAAUGUCAAAGUUUCUUACAGGGAUUACUAGAAAAAAUUCCAUCACAACGUCUGACCUGGCCAGACUUACUGGAACAUCCUUUCGUGAAAAACCGGAUCCUGAUAAUAGACAGUCCAACGUCAUUCACCGCGCCUUUGUCUAGUUCAGAAGCUCACGCGAAGCAACUGCAAUUUGAACACUUGUCCAUGCGAGCUAUUAAUAAAUCACGCACAUUAGAUAACAAUCACCAAGGAUGUGUUUCCCAGCCAAUUUAUCCUUUAGUGAAUAGAUUUCACCCUUUUGUCUCUGCUGAUGCUUACAAUUCUCGGCAAAAUGGAACCAGUUCGGGAUCUACAGCGAGUGUUGACGUUCUGCUUAGUAAUUUAAGCCUCAGAGCUUCUCUUCAAAGUGAUUUGUUGUCAGCAAAUCAAGCUGCCGAGAUAAAUUGCACUGACAGCGCGUGUAUGAGCCAGCAAUUGGGAAACGAGAAUAUCAACAGUCUGUAUGAUUUUACUGGAUAUGAAAAACCUGACUUUGACAAUAAAAAUUGCGAGACAAGUGACCAGAGUCCAAAAAAACUUCCUGAUUGGGACGCGCGAGCAGUGGAUCAGCACAUAGAAAAUGACGAAUGGUUGGCGUUCCUCCAGCAGUCGAUCGAAGAAAUAAUCGAGGGAGAAAUCACUUCUCUCGUUGAAGAAAACUGUGUUUCUAUUUUUGUUUCUCCUCUGAGAAAUUCAUCAGCUAGCAGUCAAGUUGUUGAAUACAUCGCUUGCUUACUGUCUCUUCCCUUUGUCUGCUCGAUCUCUCCCGAGGAAUUGACCAGGAUCCAGCGGGUCUACUACGAUGUAAAAGUCGUUCCGAACUUGGUUUGUGCGAUGAAUAUAAUCUUGGAGCGGCUACAAGCAACUCAGGCUGAAGACCACGAAGAACUGACAAGGAGAGACUGCGGGAGUAUAAAGACGGCUUCAAUGCUUUCGCCAGAACAGCUGCAAGCACUAGAGUCUUCGAUGUUGGUUCUCUGUCGCCUGGUUCAUAGCGAUCAGAAGUUCCUGGACCAAUUUUGUCAAGCUGUGGAUAUAAUUGGAGUGAACCUACUCAGAGAGAUGCUGACUUUAGAGAGAAGAAAAGUUAGAAUUGUUGCUGAUUUGCUGGCGAUUCUCAAUAAUACUUUGAGAUCACUGCCGGGAAAUGUUGAGUUGGUUGAAAAAGUCGUUUUUGGACAACGCAGUGAAACUAUUGAACAAUUGAGUAAAUUAUUGACACACAGACAAGUUGUUUUGAAGUCAAGAACUUGCACGUUGAUAAGACUUUUGGGAAGGCUGAGGUCGAAGGCUUUUAAGCAGAUCUGGGACAGGCAGUUGGAAAGUUUACUGAGGAAUUUAACUAAUGAUGAAGAUAAUAAUGUUAAAAAUGUGGCGAGUCGUACUAUUAAUGAGCUCAUACACUGUACUUAA